AUGUGAGAAACUAUUUUGGGCGAUUCAACAAUAAAUGAGCUGAGAAAUCUCUUUCCUCCCUUGGUCUUAAUGUUGAUUUUAAAUGCCACUUAACGGAUCAUUUCAUGGUGCACAAUAUUGCAGGCAACAUGGCUUAUGGUUCGCAGACUCUCCACAGGGCCUACUCUGUGUCCAGUGUGGAGGGGAUAGAGUUGCGACUGAGUGAUAGGUUCAAGCCUACAAAGAAAGUCGUGCUGCCUCUUCAGUAUCAGCACAAGGAACCAAGGCCUCAGAAACCAGAAGAGGAGUAUGACUUCCAGACAGAGAACACCUUUCUAGAAUGGCUUGAUGGUGUGAGAAGAACUGAAUCUGAAAGGGAGGAAAAAAGGAAGCAACAACAACUUGGAGCUGAUGCUGCUGAAGCAGCGCUGCAACGAGAAGAGACGGUACCGGAUGGACCACACACAACGAGCAAUGCGUUUCCUAUGCAAACUAACUUGUCACAGCCUCCUCUGCGGCCUCCGGUGGCAGCAACCCUUAGCAAUGAGAUCCUCCAACCAGUGCCUCUCGCAAACAGUAUUUCCAAACCAGUCAAUAACCAGAAUGCCAGGACAGAUAACUGGGAUGAUUUUGAGGGUAGGUCGCUUGAUCCGUUUGAGCUGACUGAGCUGGAAACGAUAAAUGAUAUGGAGGAGUUGCGCAGUGUCCUGGCCAACUCCGCACCUGUGGCUGCACCUGCUGUCCAGAACAACCAACUUCAGACGUCCAGUCCUCCACCAUUGGAUGUAGACAUGGAGGAGGCUGUGUCUUCGUUAACUGAUGCUGCUGACUUACCUGCAUCAGAGGAGAGCAAUCAAGUACAGUUUGAGACAAAUUUCAAGCAAGCUUCAUUUAAACCAAACCCUAAGGACAGUAAAUCUGAGCUACCCGCUUACCAACCCACAGAUCAAUCUAACCCUCCCCUCCCCAACAGGACUAUACCUAGUACUUCAGCAUUGCCAGCCCUGCCACCAUUGAGGAAUGUAUCCUUUGCAUCACACAGUCCCCUUCCUCCUAUCGGCCCCUCGAGGGAGAACUCUGAAUCCAGUCUAAGUUCUGGAGUUGUUGGACCCCUUCCCCAUGAUCAAGGUAGAAUGUCACCUCCUCCUAGCUACUCAUCUCUUACACCCACAGCAGUAUCAGGGAGUUCUCCUGUCAAUGCAGCUAUCGAUCGUCCUCCAAACUACCCCAUGGAUGAACUAGAAGCUAAUUUCUCUCCAGUGAAUCUGAGUCGUUACUCCCCAUUGCCACCUGCGUCGUCACAACAUGUCAGCACCAUCAACACGGAGCCUCAAGACCCGACGUACGAAGCGAUGAGCGUUGAGGAGAAGAACUUUGUGAACACUAUAGUCAGCAUGGGUUUCCCCAAGGGAAGGACGGCUAGAGCUGUAAAGAACAUCGGCAGUGAUGAUAGACAGGUUGUGGAUCUUCUAUGUGCAGUUGAUUCUCUGUGUGGUCAAGGGUUUCCAGAAUCCAAAGUAGAGGUUGCUCUUAGUUUGCAGGACAACAACCAAGAUAAGGCACAGGCCUUCUUGAAGCUAUGGCAAAGGUUUGAGGAACUCGGCUUCCAGUCGGAGGACAUCAAGAGGGAACUCAUCCUCCAUGGCAAUGACGAGGAGAAGGUUCUUGAUACCCUGACUCGAUGACAUCUAUCACCAUCAUCGUCGUCAUGAUGCAUGAAAUCAUACUGCUCGCUAUACGGCCUCGUGGGCAUUUCAAGUACUUUACGCACAACAGACUCUCAGGUGCUAACUCAGCUACAUAGGGAGCUAUCAUGUAGCACCAGAAUGGGUCACCGGUCGUGCGUAAAGUCAUGUAAAUUACAAACAUCCUUAUGAAACACCCACCGGGUAUACAGCCAGCAGUGUGCAUUUAGCCAGCAUUUAUUGCACUGUCACUGCAUUGCAUUACGCUGCACUUUUCCGGUCAGGAAUCAGCUGCAUUUAACCUUGCACGGCAAGUAAAUAAUAAUAAAAAAAAAAUAUUAAACAACCAAAACAACAAUAUUAACAGCAACAAUAAUGUAGGGUAGUUUCAGUGAGCACCUAUCCAUCUUGUAAGAUUACCCCAGCUAGUCUAUCAAUUCCGGUGCUUGCAUUGCCUUUUUGAGCAAUGCUUCUACAGUAUACAGCCGUCAGACUACAUAUACCCAGCAUUCAUUGCUAUGGCAGUAAUUUUUACAGUGAUUGAUUGCGCAUAGCGAUAAUCUAGCGGCCAGACAUGCAAUCACCAUUUACGAUUAUAGCACUACUAAUCACCAUCAGCGAUAAUGUCUGUAUGGGAUGAUAGUCACACAUUCUAUCAAUCUGUACAAGGAAUUAAUUGACAGAGCGUGUGUGAGGCAGU